CGUCUGAAGCGCACCCUCUCCUUUAAGACCCUGAUGCGCAGUAAGAGUGUAGAGAACUUCUUCCAGAGGUCCUACAGUGACGCCCGUCUCCCCCCAGACUUCAUCACCGACCCGCCGCCCCCCUCCCCGCCCCCUGGCUCUCCCCUCGCCAGUGAACGCUCACCCUCCCUCUCUCCGUCACUCAGCCCCAACCCCUCCCUCUGCUCCCACUCCCCGUCUCUAAGCCCCUCCCCCUCGCUGUCUUCCAAGGCCCCGCCCCCACCCCACCUGACGCAGGUGACCCACUGCUUCCAGGAGCACGUGUUCCGCAAGCCCACCCACUGCCAGCUCUGCAAGCACCUGAUCGUGGGUAACUCUAAACAGGGUCUUCGGUGUAAAACCUGUAAGAUGGGUGCUCACCUGUGGUGCACCUCAGAAUUGUCCCAGCAGCCCUGCAAUGGAAAGUCUGGGGUCGGGGCCUUCAAGCGGAACUUCAGCUCUCCCAUGCUGGUCAACGAACAGCUGGCUGUCGUCAAGGAGGUGCAGCCCACCCAAGGGGCAGGCCGGGGGCGUGGGGUGGAUCCUAUUUACGCAGCCCUGCGCUACGGGACGUCCCUGGCACAGAUGAGCCGCUCCAGUUUUGGGAGCGUGUCCGAGUCGCCCACGCACAGCCAGGGUGAAGGAGGGGAAGGAGGAGAGGAGGGGGAGCAGAGGCAGUACAGCAUGGAGGAGGAGAUGCCACAGGAGACAGGGGAUCUGCCUCAGUGUGAAAACGAGAAGGCUGAACCAGAGGAUUCUGUGUCCAUCCAGGUUCCCAAGCGUAUUGAGGUCCACUCGAUCCACACGUAUGUAGCGCUCUACAAGUUCCUGCCUCAGGAGCACAACGACCUCGGACUGGAGCCUGGUGAUCGGGUGCUGGUCACUGAUGAUUCUAAUGAAGAGUGGUGGAAGGGAAAGAGUGGAGACAAGGUGGGCUUCUUCCCUGCUAACUUCGUCCAGAGGGUGCGUCCAGGGGAGAGGGUGUGGAGGGUCACCCAGCCUGUCCCUGCCAGCCGAGGGAUGGGCCACAUGCCAGUGAAGGAGGAUCAGAUCUGUGUGGGGAAGAGUGAGGACAGUGAGGGUUUCCUGAAGCUGAGCAGUGGAAAGAAGAGAGGACUGGUCCCUGCUAAAUCCAUUGAGGAGAUCUAA